UGGAUUAGGGGCCUACUCAAGAAUACCAAGACCAAGACUACACGACUCUUGAAUACUCCUUGUGUAUAUCUAAAACUCACAGUAUAUACGAUCAAACUUUUAUUUUGACAGCGGAUAACAUUCUACCUUGGACCACAUGUAAUCCCAAUGAAACGUCUAUUGAUGGAUAUUUACCAUUAUCGUCAGAUGCGUAGGCCUAUAUCUAAGGAAGACACCGAUGGAUGUGAGUUUUCUCCAGGAGGGCAAUAGGGCUGAAUAACUCAAAAUGGACGUACGUUUGUGUCUCAUAAUGUCUACAUUGAAUCUGGUGUUUGGUGACAGUCAGAAGAUUCAACAUUGUAAGAAUGGGAGCUUGAUCAACGUGGUCUUGCUGAACGACAACGAGUCUCCCUGGAGUAUGAAGUUUGUGAAGGGGAAAGUGUUAGAGGCAAUUGAGCUAAAUUCCCGAAUCAACGCUGCGGCUGACGUGAGCCAGAACGUCACAGCCCUCUUCAGUCCCUUCGACUCGAGACUCUACCGUAUGAAAGGAUGUGGCAGCAGCACGUGUAGGGGUGUGGAGGCCGUGAAGAGACUCAACGACUCAGGGGAGGUGGGGUGUGCCAUACUGGGCCCCUCGUGCAACUUUGCCGUCUUCCAGAUGGUGGACACGGAGAGCGGUCUGCAGCUCAGCAUGCCCAUUAUCUCGGCGGGGGGGUUCAGCUUGUCCUGCGACAACAAGCCCAACUUGCAACGGGUCCUGCCGCCGGCGCGCAAGGUGUCCAACUUCUUCACCCAUUUCUGGAAGUUCAACCACAAGGUGAAGCCCUUGUGGGACUCCGCCUACGUCUACAAGAAGAAGGUCAACACCGAGGACUGCUUCUGGUAUAUAGGCGCCCUGGAGGCCAACAUAGCAGAUUUCUUUAGAGAGGUUCACCUUCAUGUUCUUCGUGAGCCGUGGGAGCUCCAAUCAACGCUGCGCAACCCCCAGAACCGGACCAGCAACCUGUUCAUCGCGUGCGGAUCCCCGGCUGACAUGCAGGAGAUGAAGAACAACACGGCGGAGGCCAACAGCAAAGACAUCCUCUUCUUGCUGAUCGACCUUUACAAUGAUGAGUAUUACAGAAACGCCACGUCCCUGCCCUUCAUGGAGAACGUGCUGGUGCUGACCAUGCCGGACGUCAGGCACUACAAAGUGGACAUGGACCUGAGCGACAACACCACGGUGAUGAAUGACUACAUGGCAGCUUAUCAUGACUCAGUGCUCCUCGUCGGGGAAGUGAUGAGGAAGAUCUGGGGAGAACUUGGAGAAGGCAGUGACAUGCAGUCCAUCAAUCACAGCUACUUCAGGAACAUCACCUUUAAUGGUAUUGGUGGGACCUACAAGCUUGACGAGCAUGGAGACAGGGAUGUGAACUUCUCGGUCAUUUACACCACCGAAACCAAAAAGUAUGGAACCUUAUUCGCGUUCAACACGAUGUACAAUACCACCAAGCUGAACACUUCAAACCCAACUUUUAUCUGGGGGAAUAAACUUCCGUACGCUACGCCAUACCGGGUAAUGAGUACUAAUGGCAUCAUCGUCAUCGUUCUGUCGGUUACCGUGGUAGUGGUGGCAACCAUUGCCUUCAUCUUCUACAGGCAGAACCGACGGGAGCGUCGGACCAGGAAGAGGUGGUCCCACAUCCCGUCCGACCGCAUCACACUGAUGGAGCAGAAGGAGCACAACGUUAUCUCCCUCAAGAUCGACGAUGAGAGGAAAGAGACGAAUUACAAGAUCCGUUGUGGACGCUACGACAAAAAGGUUGUUAUUCUAAAGGAGCUGAAGCACUCGGAUGGGAACUUUGACGAGCCACAGAGAAUUGAGCUGAACUCAAUGCUGCUGAUUGACUACUACAACCUGACCAAGUUCUACGGCACGGUGCAGCUGGAGCAGGGGGUGUUCGCCGUGCUGGAGUACGGAGAGAGGGGCUCCCUCAGGUACGUGCUGAACGAUAAGGUGUCCUACCCAGAAGGGACUUUCAUGGACUGGGAGUUCAAGAUCUCUGUGAUGUACGACAUCAGCAAGGGGAUGUCGUACCUCCACGCCAGCAACAUACAGGUCCACGGACGCCUCAAGUCCACCAACUGUGUGGUGGACAACCGCAUGGUGGUGAAGAUCACCGACUUCGGCUGCAACACCAUCCUCAGCCCCGGAAGAGACCUGUGGACGGCCCCUGAGCACCUGCGGCAGGAGGGCAUCUCCCAGAAGGGAGACGUCUACAGCUUCAGCAUUAUCGCCCAGGAGAUCGUCCUCCGCAAGAGCACCUUCUAUACAGAGCGCUGCUCUGACCGGGCAGAGAAGUUGUCCAGGGUGCAGGAUCCUGACAGCAUCUCGUACUUCAGACCUGAUCUAAAUUUCGAAACUGCAUCGGAAAAAGAACUAGAGGUAUACCGGUUAAUAAAAACCUGUUGGGAGGAGGAUCCAGAGAAAAGACCAGAUUUCAAAAAGGUUGAAAACUGUUUCGGGAAGAUCUUCAGUAACCUUCACAGCAAGGACAACGAGAGCUACAUGGACAACCUGAUCCGCCGGCUGCAGAUGUACUCCAAGAACCUGGAGCUGCUGGUGGAGGAGAGGACGGCCCUCUACAAGGCAGAGCGCGACCGGGCCGACUGCCUCAACUACAUGCUGCUCCCGGGGCCGGUGGUGAAGAGUCUGAAGGAGACGGGGGUGGUGGAGCCGGAGCUGUACGACGAGGUGACGGUGUACUUCAGCGACGUGGUGGGCUUCACCACGCUGUGCCAGUACUCCACCCCCAUGGAGGUGGUGGACAUGCUCAGCGACAUCUACAGGGGCUUCGACAGCGUGCUGGACCACCACGACGUCUACAAGGUGGAGACCAUCGGCGACGCCUACAUGGUGGCGUCGGGGCUGCCCAGGCGCAACGGGAACCGGCACGCGGUGGACAUCUGCCGCAUGGCGCUGGACAUCCUGGCCUUCAUGGGCUCCUUCCAGCUCAGACACCUGCCCGGCAUCCCCGUCUGGAUACGCAUCGGCGUGCACUCAGGUUCGUGUGCAGCAGGAGUGGUGGGGAUGAAGAUGCCCCGGUAUUGUUUAUUUGGGGACACGGUGAACACCGCCUCCCGCAUGGAGUCUACAGGACACCCCCUCAGGAUCCACGUGAGCGAACCCACCGUCAAGAUCCUGGGACGGACCGGCUGCCAGUUUGAGUUCGAGGCCAGAGGGGAGACCGUCCUCAAGGGUAAGGGCACAGAAUCGACGUACUGGUUGACGGGCGAGAAGGGAGAGGAUUAUGACCUGCCGACACCUCCGACCACUGAGAACUUCCAGCGGCUACGGCAGCACCUGGCCCAGAUGAUUCUAGAAUGUGUGGAGCGGCGUUCCGUGGGCUCCAUCAGGAAGAGGACGCCCCGGCCGCAGAGGCAGAUAAAGAUGGAGCAGGAAGGGGAUCACUACCAGCCCGAGUACCUCCACCUGGCCACCGUGGAGAACACCCUGAGCACCUUCCUGUGAGCCCAACGCUACUGACCAACCCUGCACCUGACCCACCCUAACUAACCAACCCUAACUAGCUCACCUUAAGCGGAGCUGCCGUACCUCAUCUCUGAACUGUAUCUGACCGUACCAGUUUAAAUGUGCGGCUAAUCACACCACCAGGUGUGAGUGUGAUUAGCCGUUUAGAUUAGGUGUGUCCACCUAGAUGUGUGCUGAAUAGAUCAGUCUACCAGCCUACCCAGUGGACUGUAGAAAACGUUGCUCAUCUAUGCGUCAUAGAUCUAGGUGGACACGCCCAUUUGUGAUGUCAGAAGAGGCCGAUUUUUAAAAAGGCUUGUAGCACUCACACCUGGUGGUAUAAUGUCACCUUUAGAUAUCCACCUGAUCGCACAAACCAAACCACACAUACCCAGUCAGGUAAGGAGAAUAACCUGUUUCAAGUUUGGCCCGCAAUCCAUAAUAACAUGUUAUAUAAUAUAACAUAUGAAUCUAAAUCUGACAUGGUCAUUAUCAUCUGUUCGAUUAAGGUUCGAAGAGGUCAUCUUGGCUCAAUCCAACUGACCAGAACGUUUUCAUCUAGUGCUUAGUCCAGCUAGACACCCAAGAAUUCUCUCACUCAAUACUGUGCAUUUAGUAUUAUUUCUGUUACCUUUACUCUUUCAUUAGAAUAUUUUAAGCUGUGUUGUCCUUUGGUAUUCGAAUAUUUGCUAAAUAAAUGUGUUUUAUUUUGCAUGUAAAUCAUAAGGGCCAGUAUAAAGUCUAAUAUAUAUAUGUGGUAGAGACAAGCCUACUUGACGCUCGUGUGAAGUUCACAGAAAAUUGUUGUAAAGAAACAAACGUAACCAUUUCUACUUUAUAAACAAAAGAUAGGACAACUUUAUUUUGUUGAGGGUGAAAUUCACUUACAAUAAAUAAUUUAACCUCA